ACAGACAUCACUAGCUGACUGUAGACAGUACAAAGUUGACAAAUCAGUAGUUUGACAGUUUGUGUUAGUGAAUUUAAGGUUAUGUUUUGAAUGUAUCACAUUCUGAUUGCUCAAGAAUAUUCAAAAAGUUAAAGUAAAUUUAAAAAAUGCAUAGACACAAGCAUUCUUAUAGAGAUAACAGCCGUGAUAGAGAUCGCAGUAAAAGUGGUUCCAAAGUAUCCAAUGAAAUGUACGGUUCUAGUUCAAGAAAUAGUUCCAACACUAAAAAGUCCAAGAAAAGAGAUCGUUCAAAAUCACGUUCAAAAUCAAAGAAAUAUAAGAAGCAUCACAGGUCACGUUCAACGUCUUCAUCAUCUUCUGCAAGCUCAUCAUCAAGUUCAACAAGUUCUUCUGGAUCGAACAAAUUAGAAAAAAGAUUGCAUGAAAAACGCUUAAAACAAGCUGAAGAACGAAGAAAGAAAAAAGAAGCCAUUAAAGCCACUGAAACAGCAGAAGAAAAACGAAUUAGGCGACUUCAAAAAAAAGAAGCCAAAGAACGGAAACGUAAAGAAAGAAUGGGCUGGGACAAUGAUUAUUUGCAUUACACAAAUAAUGAUAAUCCUUUUGGAGAUGCUCAUCUGUUGGAGCCUUUUGUUUGGGGUAAAAAACUAGAAAAAGAAGGCCUACUUGAAGUAAGCAGAGAACAAUUGGAACUCAGAAAUAAAUAUAAACAAGAAGAAAAUAAAAGAGAACUGGAAAAAGUUAAAAAACUCAGGCAAGAAAGAGAGCUACAAAGGCAGCAGCGAGAAGAAGAAGCUGCUUUAGAACAACGUAGUAAAGAAGCGUCCCAACUUGAAUUAUGGCAUCGUCAGGAAGACCAGUUUCAUCUUGAACAAGCUAGACUCAGAUCAAAAAUUCGAAUACAAGAUGGGAGAGCGAAACCAAUUGAUCUCCUUGCCAAAUAUGUUGGUGCUGAAGAUGAAGUUGAUGCUGUAGAAAUGCAUGAACCGUACACAUAUCUGAGAGGCUUGCAAAUCAAGGAUUUAGAAGAUUUAUUAAUUGAUAUAAAGGUCUACAAAGAAUUAGAAAAAGGAAAAAAUCUCGAUUAUUGGAAUGAUAUAACUAUAAUAGCUGAAGAUGAAAUUCAUAAGCUACAAAAAACUAAACAAACUGAAUAUCAAGUUGCACUAGGUCGUAGAGAAGGUAUACAUACUUCAGUAGAAGAUGAUGUUAUCAAAAUAAUAAAAGGAAAAACCGCAGCACAGUUGGUUGCUCUACAAACAAGGAUCGAAGAAAAAAUAAGUGGAAAAGCAGAAGGAGUGGACAUAGGCUACUGGGAAAGUCUUUUAUCUCAAUUGAAAGCACACAUGGCUAGAGCUCGGCUACGAGAUAGACAUUCAGAAAAUUUGAAAAAGAAAUUGGAUAUUUUAAUGGCAGAACAAGGAGUCGCGACUCAAGAACCAAAAGAAGAAUCUGUUGAAGCUGAAAGUCCAUCCACUAGUGCAGCUGGAAUAAAGAAUGAUCAAAGUCAGUCUGAAAAUGAAGAGGAGGAAGAAACUGAAUCGUACUCUCCACGAUAUAUACCAUUAGAUAAGCUGGAACCUGGAACAAUAGUUACUUUGGAAGAAGAUGAUGACAAACGUUUAGCAUACUCUAGGAAUCAAGUUCUUAAUACAGGAAAUAAAGUAGAAAAUGUAAUGACGGCAGAAGAAAAAGCUAUGCACAGAGAAGUGAGUAAAAAUAUGGGAGGAGAUGAAUCACAAUUUAGUGUAGAAUCUUCAUUGGAAGCACAAGUGUAUUUAUGGUCUGACAAGUAUAGACCACGAAAACCUAGAUAUUUUAAUAGAGUUCAUACAGGGUUUGAAUGGAAUAAGUACAAUCAAACCCAUUAUGAUAUGGACAAUCCCCCACCAAAAAUUGUGCAAGGAUACAAGUUUAACAUUUUCUAUCCAGAUCUAAUUGACAAAAAUGUUACUCCAGAGUACUUUUUGACUCCAUGCAGUGACAAUAAAGAUUUUGCUUUAUUAAGGUUCAAAGCUGGUCCUCCAUAUGAGGAUAUAGCUUUUAAAAUUGUUAACAGAGAGUGGGAGUACUCGUAUAAAAGAGGUUCCGGUGUCAGUUCCACAACAAUAUAUUCCAGUUGUGGUUCCACUUUAAAAGAUACAGAUAUAGAAGAUGAAAUCAUCAAUUAGAAAUUAUUAUUAAUUUCUUAAAAAUUUUUAUACAACUAGGAAGUUUUUCCUAUUUCGAUGUGUAAUGAUUUUGUCUGAAUCAUUCAGAAGAUAGUAAUUAUGUAAAUACCAUAUUGGAAUUUAUUAAAAAAAAAUUUACUAACCACA